CGGGGCAGGCGCACGCUCACGAGAGCAGACCGCAAGAAGUGCACCUUUAAGGUACAACUCCGGCCGCGGACCCUUUGAUGGAGCUGCUGGAUGGAAGAAAGUGGCGCCGCAUGGUGCAGCAGAAUCACUCGGCACGCGCAUUGCACCGCACUCUCGUCUAAUUUUCGCCAUUCGCACACUUGGCUGCCGCGGAGGCUGCGACGACUGAUCACCAUGCACCACACCAGGGGUUGUAAGUUCCUGCUUUUCGCCGCUGCCGGCCUGCUUCUAAUCAAGAGAGGUAGCUCCCAAAGCGGGCUAGUCGAGAGAUUACGCCAGUGCAAUCCAUUCAGCGAAGGCUUCGAUGAAUGCAUGGUUCAAGUGCUGAACACGCUCAACUAUUUGUUUCCUUCUGGUGUACCUGAGCUUGGCAUACCUCCGUUUGACCCAUUCUUCGCGAGUGAAGUGGAGACUUCGCGGCAAAACCCUUUAUUCAGCUUCAACCUAAAACUAACCAACGUGACCGAGUCAGGUUGGACCAAUUCCAACGUAAAGAAAUUCACGAGCGAUUUGCCGAACAAUCGGGUGACCGUGGACCAGUAUUGGGAUGACAAGCGGCUUUCUGGAGGCUACGUUUUCGACCUCAAAAUCCUCGGUGUGUUCAGAAUGCACAACGUCGGCAACUGGAACCUCACCCUGCUUGGGUUCAACCAAAAAACCACCCUGAGAAGACCCCCUGGAGAAUACGAUGAAAUCGGUGCUCCCGUGACCAAAGUGACGGUGAACAUUCAGGACGUGAAUGACCUGAAGCUUCAUAUUUCCAAUCUCUUCCACGGCCGGAGGAUUGUCGAAUACACGCUGGACAACCUGAUCAAUGCGACCUGGAGGCCUUUCUACCCAUUCACCAAGGGGCUGGUCAACGAGUUGGUCGGCAAAGCGUUCACCAAAAUUUUCACUCGAGCCUUCCAGAGUGUCCCACUCAAUUUAAUUUACGGGUACUAAAAAUAUUUCUGUUGCUUUUUACCUGAAGAGAUUUUUACUGGAACAAAAGCUGAAAAGAGGCACGUGAUGCACAAAAUGCAUGUCUGUUAUGUAAAACGUGAUAUGUACCUUUUUCACGAGCAGUUCCUACCGCAGCUCAAUUUUUAAUAGGUCUUAUAAAUAAAAUAAAAAUUU